CUGCAAAGAUGCAGAAUUGACAUUUUCUAUGGUCUCCUAGGUAGUCGACAGCUCCUACCUCCAGCACGACAAUAAUACCAACAAUGCCGUCGCUGCUACUGCGGCUGCAACCGCUCCGCAACUACCUCUCCUCCAUAACUCGACCAUCCCAUAUAUAUUCCACCAUCUCAUCUCGACCGUCCAGCUUCUCCGCCUCCCCGCCCCUCCUCAAAAACACCAACCUACCGCCGCGCCCCAAGCCGCCUCCCGAGGAAGACAUCGAGGAGUCCUUCCUGAAGGGCAGCGGGCCCGGCGGGCAGAAGAUUAACAAAACCAACUCAGCAGUCCAACUCAAGCACCUCCCCACCGGCCUCGUCAUCAAGUCCCAAGCGACCCGCUCCCGCUCCCAGAACCGCGUCAUAGCCCGGCAACUGCUAGCCGACAAGCUGGACCAGUUAUCCCGCGGCGACGAGAGCCGCUCCGCCAUCGUCGGCGAGUUUAAGCGCAAGAAGAAGGCCAGCUCCGCCAAGAAGAGUCGCCGGAAGUAUCGUAAGCUCGACGAGGAGAAACAACAGGCUCAGGCUGGGACCGCGCUGCAGGAAGAAGAGGAUCUAGAAGAAGAGGAAUUCGAGGAAGGUGGAGAGGAGGAAGAAUUUCAGGAUAGCUCGAGGAAUAGCGAAAGAAUAGAAAAUAAAUAAGCUUAAAAAGGUAGGCAGCUGGCCCCAUCUACAUGAAUAUAUGUGAAAACGUAAGCAUUCCAACAUAACAUGAGAUUUUGCUGCGUAAUCACUUU